CGUAGAUGUUAGAAAAAAUAUUAACAAAAACAGUUUGUCGCUGGUUUUAUACAUUCUAAUAGACAACAAUUUAUCUGCUCAGAAAGAACACACCAAUGAAGUAUAGAAGAAACUGCAUCUGAACCGCAUUUCUUAGAAAAUGUCAUCCACAUCGGCUGCGGCAUCCAGUGCAGCAGCCGGCUCGAACUCAAAGACAGAGGUUCGUUAUGUGACCGAAGUGCCCAGCAGUCUGAAGCAAUUGGCCCGCUUGGUGGUGCGUGGCUUCUACUCUUUGGAGGAUGCCCUGAUCAUUGAUAUGCUGGUUCGCAAUCCCUGCAUGAAAGAGGAUGACAUCGGCGAAUUACUGCGGUUUGAGAAGAAGCAAUUGAGGGCGCGAAUUACCACCCUGCGCACAGACAAAUUCAUCCAGAUCCGACUGAAAAUGGAAACGGGACCGGAUGGCAAAGCACAGAAAGUGAAUUACUAUUUCAUCAACUAUAAGACCUUUGUUAAUGUCGUGAAAUACAAAUUGGACUUGAUGCGCAAGCGCAUGGAGACAGAGGAAAGGGAUGCAACCAGCCGGGCCAGCUUCAAGUGCUCCAUGUGCUCAAAAACCUUUACGGAUCUCGAGGCGGAUCAGCUGUUUGACAUGGCUACAUGUGAGUUUCGUUGCACAUAUUGCAAUAGUUCGGUGGAAGAAGAUAGUGCGGCUAUGCCCAAGAAGGAUUCGCGUCUCAUGCUGGCACAUUUCAAUGAGCAGUUGCAGCCACUGUACGAUCUUCUGCGAGAGGUAGAGGGCAUUAAGCUAGCUCCGGAAGUACUCGAACCGGAACCUGUGGAUAUAGAUACCAUUCGAGGUAUAGCUAAGCCGAAUCCCAUGCGUCCCGAUGGGCUGGCUUGGUCGGGCGAGGCGACACGCAAUCAAGGCUUUGCCGUCGAAGAGACACGGGUAGAUGUCACCAUUGGGGAUGAUGAUGGGUCGGAUGCAGUGGUUCAACGUAAAUCUCGACCCAUUUGGAUGACAGAAAGUACUGUAAUAACCGAUACGCCAGACGGAGAAGCGGACAGCCUAGCACCUAGUGCAUCUGGGGCUGGAGGUCAACGCAAUCGCAAAGAGAAUGAAGAUAUUAUGUCGGUUCUGUUGCAACAUGAAAAGCAACCGGGCCAAAAGGAACCUCAUAUGAAGGGCAUGCGUCCGUCAGGGUCCUCGGACGCCAAUUCAAGUGAUGACGAAAAAGAAAUUUCCAACGCCAAGAAGCCCGACUUGGAUUCCGAGGAUGAUAAUUACAUCAACUCCGAUUCAGGCGAUGAUGGUGAUGAUGUUCCCACGGUUUUAGUGGCUGGACGUCCACAGCCCUUGGAUCAAAUCGAUGAUAAACUAAUUGCCCAAAUGACCCCGCAAGAGAAGGAGAACUAUAUACAUGUCUAUCAGCAGCACUACAGCCACAUCUAUGAUUGAGAUCAAAAGCUAAUGUACAAAAUCGUUUAUCUGGAUUGGCUGACUGAGAAUUAGGAAUAUAUAUAUAUAUUUAUGCAUAUAGUGUCAUUUGUAGACUUAAGUUUGCAUAUUAAGUUGAAUUGCAGUGUACAAAACGAAAAAUUUAUCAAUUGAAAA